AUGGCGGCAUACCUCAGCUUCAACGAAAGCUUCAACUCAGGCCUCAAGUUCACCACCGACAACUCAGAAGACACCGAAGACCUGCUGAAGAAGGAGCUGCCGCUUCGCUACACCUGGGCCAUCUGGGAGCAGAUCAUGCAGUCCAAUGACAAGUCCGCGCAGUAUUCUGACGCCACCCAUAAAGUUGCCUCCUGCUCGUCCGUGCAGAGCUUCUGGAAGCUGUGGAACCACAUGCCCCAGCCGAGCGAGCUCCUGGAGAACAAGCGGAUGGUGCGCGAGCAGCCCGACGGCCUCCACGUCAUCGACGCCAUCAUGAUCUUCCGUGAAAAUAUCCGCCCUGAGUGGGAGGACAAGAUGAACGCCAACGGGGGGCAUUUCCAGUACCAGCUCAAGCCGAGCAUCGGAGGCGGCCAGGUGGACGAAUACUGGAACAACCUCGUCCUCGGAAUGAUUGGGGCCACCAUCGAGCCGGCCCACAUGAUCACCGGCAUCCGCCUCGUGGACAAGCUGUCGGGCCCUCGCGCGGCCAACGUCAUCCGCCUGGAGGUCUGGUUCACGAACUACGACGACACGCCAGCGGUCGGCGUGCUCCGCAAGAACGUGGAGAAGUGCAUGGCGACGCGCCUGGACGGCAGCGCAGGACAGGUGCCGAAGUGCGAGAUCAAGGCCCACAGGCACUGA